CCCAGUCUGGUCUGGCCGGGUCCUCGGUCUGUCCGGCGGCCUUCUUUUGACCUGGAGAAAAUAGGCUCUUUUUAACACCACAGCAAUCCUGCCUUACCUUGAAAAAGGAAAGAGUUAAGAGAAACCAUCUCUGUGAGAUGGAUCGGCAACCUGGGCCUGAGAGGCUGCAAAAUUAUGGUACCGAUCCACAGCGAUCAGAGGCACAUAGUAGCAGCAUUGCAACCCAAGAAAGGGACCUAGUUCGCAGGCACCCACAAACUACUCCAAGUGAUCUACAGAAUCAUGGCCCGGAGCCAAAUCAGCCGCGCAGGAGCCCAGAAAGGGAAUCGCCGCCCGGAGCCAAACUGAAGCGAGUGUCGAGCUACUCCAAGUAUGUGAUGAGCAACAUUUUUUCAAUAGUGGUGGCGUACUAUUCCGCACGUCAAGAUAUAGCUAAACACGCCGAAAAGCCCACUGUGGUCGUCUGCGGCAGCCUCGUCUUCAUCACAUUCCUCGCCGAUCUCAUCUUGAUGCUGCACACCUCCUGCUUGCUGACACUCCCACGCAUCGGCGAAUGCCGGUACAUGGCUGCCAUAGUCCUCAUCUACGUCUCCAACGUUCUCUUCAUGCUUACCUCAGUUGGUCUCUUGGUUCUCUUAAACAAAAGCUAUGCCUUUCUUGCCGUCCUUCUACUUCCAAUCAUCGCAAUCCUCGGUAUUUUCUUCCGCAAAGAAAUUCGAACUGCGCGGCACCAACGACAUACUGGUUAUGAAGCUUAUGAAACGGAACUGAAGCAAUUCUCUGACCUAUCGGUUUCGGUUACUUUCCUCAAUUUCACAGGAAUGAUCGCUACAAUCUCCUUCUACUUCAAAAACUUUCCUGAAAAAGCUGGCCGUUCCGGUAUUACGGUCUCCGAGUCCUUUAUCUUUUUCACCAUCAUCUUUGGUCUUCUGUCCAUGCUGCUUACCACGGUUCCACCAUCAUUUAAGCAGCGGGGAACCCGAGAACGCCUGAUCAGCGUCAUCAGAGCCUUCGGGUAUGUUCUUUUUGGCUUGCAAACACUGACGGGGCUUGAGCUUGCAGCUGGAUUUGUGGAGGGUUUUGUCGUGCUGGCCUUCCUUCCGGAUUUUGUGGGAGCCGUGUUCUGGUUUGACAUGGAAUUCUUGCAUGAACGCCGGCGCGAUGUAGAAACAGGGGGGGACGAAGUGGAUGGAGAACGAGGUCGUAAUGACGAGCCUGAGACCUUUGCAAUCCCCGUCGCGAGCUUCAUUUUCACACUAUUGAUGACUGUGUAUUCGAUGAAUCGGGGAGCUCCAGACUACAACUUCCAUCUCAGGAGCUGCAUGUUACUAAUCUUCUCAGCCUUCAAGUCCAGCCUCAGCUGGAUGAUGCUGACAUUCAAGCCUCCGAAAACACAAAGCUUGGUGACCGUGGCUAACAUCUUGACUCGUUUCACUGUUGGAUUGCUGGUGGUGGCGAUGCUGGAUGUUAUAUUGUUCGCAAUUCCGGCUAUUUAUAAGUUUUUUUAAAUAUCUGGAGUUUCCGCAUAUCAACAGACAGGAAAUCUAAAGAGAGCGCAUUUGUGCUGGAGCUUCAGGGGAAGGCCCAUAUCACAUAAAUUUAGUUGUCAGCCAAAAUAAAUGUCUUCACUACUAGAAUCAUGUAUAAGUAAACAAAGGAGAACUUUGUUGAUCAAUGCUUUGAGUCAUGAAUACAA